UUUAAUCCGACAAGAAAGAAACAGAGAGAGGCAGCAGAGAGAUGGGAGGGAAAGGAAGGAAAAGGAGAGAGAAGAAUUACAGAGCAGCUCAUGGAGGGCACACCAGACUCCCACCUCCACCUGAUCCUUCACAAGUAGACGCCUUGCCCUCCAAACUUCGCAAGAUCAUGUCCUUCGCUCCUCGUGAUGGCUCUGCCAAGGAUGCUCAAGAGAAGAGGAAAAGAGAUGGCGAUGAUCACAAAAAAGACAGUGUGAAGAAUGUGGUUAAUGAGGAAGCUAGAAGGGAUGAUAGUGAUAAUGAGAUUGCUCGUAGUAAUAACGCCAAUGAGAAGAGAAAUAAGAAGAGGAAGAGGAAACAAGUGACCGACUUGAGGUUUGGAAUAGCGGAAGAGCUUGGCUCUGUCUCUAAGAGAAAGGAGCGUAAGAAAAAGUAUUUCGAAGAAAAGAAAAAGAAGAAGAAGAAAGCUGAAACGAAAGAUGUUCUUAAUUUCCCCGGACAUGAGAGUAUAAAAUUUGGAGAAGUGGUUGAAGCUCCACCAAAGUUGGCUGUGAUACCUAAGGCAUUUAAGAGCGCCCAAAAUGCUUCACAAGAGAGGCUUCGUUUAAAGGCUAUUGAGGACUACAGGAAUAGGAAAGGAUGGUCAUCAAGACCAGGGCUUCACCUUCCUCGUCCCGUGACUACUUCACCAUAACUGUAAUUAAUUUGUGCACACAUGACAGCAUAGUUUGUGUCUACAGCUAAUAAUAGUUUAUACUCUGUACUUUCCUAUGCUUUUAGUCAAUUUUUGAUCUUAUUGACAAAUGAGAAAAUUGUGACAUAAUAAGCAUAAUCAACUUGAUCAAAUCUGGUUUUUGUGGAAUGUAUACAAUCAUUAUUUACAUGCUA